AUGCGUUGCAAGCCUGCGCUGUAUGAGAUAGAUGAAUACGUCGCUCGUGGGGGUCAGUUUACCCGGUGUGUUGCUGUUGAUUGAUGACGCAUGAGCUCAUCCCUGACCGCAACACUUGGGGGCUUCCGUAUUCCAACUCCAGAGGCGAAAGUGGUGUUCACCAAGCAGAGACGCAUCGAAGGCUUUGCGUGCUGUAUCUGUCCCGAGGGUGGUGGCAAACGACACUCACCCGCACUUGCGCUUCGGCACUUCAAGACGGCCCAACAUCGGUGCCGAGCCCGAUGGCGACGAAGGUUUGCGCGGGACGACGCAAACAUGAUCGAUGCAAGCGACGUUCUCGGCGAUACACCCGGCUCCCAAGCAAUCGAUGAUAUGCGGGGAGUGCGGGAGGCGUUCCCGGACUCGACAUACGAGGCCGAGGCUGCCAGCCAAGCGGAUCAGGUGGGUAAGCGUCCUACGGAGUCGCAUUUACUCGUAGUUCGCUGAGUCGGUUAUUGUUCAUUGCACAUCUCUGACGCCGUGGACUUGGAUCAGUCGUUCGACUUUGACCGAGACGUGGACGUGGACGAGCCAGCUGGGCAUUCACGUGCGAUGACUCCUUGCCUCUCCGAAGGCGAUGACUUGCACGAUGACGUCGAAUUUGGGGAAGGUGUUGACCGAAUCUUCACCGACGACCUCGAAUCCAACGACUGCCACAGCUUUGAUGAUCUAGAAGAGGAUGAAAUCUGCCAGAACGCGAUGGCAAAUUCGGCACCGCUUUCCGAUGGUAAGGUUCCCGCACUCGCUUUUUGUCAAAAAAGGUCGUCGUGCCCAAGCUAAUACUGCCCCUCCAGUCUCGAAUGUCUUCAAGAAGGGUACCAAAACAGUGAGAUGCACGAGUUCGAGUAUGCCUGGCCCGACGGAUAAAUGGCAUCCUUUCCCAGGCCCAAAGGUAUGUCCAAGCUUGAUCGUGAAGGAGCUCAAGUCGGAAGUUUCGGAGAGUGUGCACUGACCUGAUGUCCUUUUGCGUCCGCUGCAACAAGAGCUAUCGCCAUCGAAACAGCCUCACGCAAAGACCACAUGAUGGCGACAUCAUGUUCGACGACCAUGGAAUCCAAGACAGCGACGAGGACAGAGAGGAAGCCAUCAGCCUGGGCCUGGUUAAUCGUGGGCUGUACACGGAUCCCGACAUGAUCGGACUCGAAGUGAGUUGAGGAUAGAACUCGAGUUAACUAUACUAUAGCUGACUGACCACAAAUGAAUCAUCCCUAGAAAUUGAGGAAGGCAGAUGAUAGCCAGUACCGCGAUCUGUGGAGAGGACUUCAAAUCGUGCUUGCUCGUUUGACCCACCCCCUUGAUCAACCCGGGCUGGAUUCUUCCGUGGAACUACAAAUGGAUCUGAGCAAAAUGAAGGUGGGUCGGUAUGUAUGCUAUUCCCAAGUGGAGACUUAUGUGUUGAUUGCUGACCUUCACCAUUCGCAGCGUUCUUUUCGUCCAUACGUUAAAGCGAUCGUCGCUCUCCCAAGGCUGUGCAGUUUCUACAAAGGGGCUCAGGAUGCGGUUGCAAAGGUUCUCCGAGAGGAAGGACUGAUCAAGAUCGAACUCGAAGAAACCUCGACCCCAUAUCGUCGAAACACUAGGAGCGCGCUCACUCGCCAUGGCGGAUGCAAGGUCGGACUACAUCGGGCAUGUGAGUCGAGGCAAGAUAGCAGAAGCUCUACAGGUGAUUCGACUAAGACCCGUUGUUCCGGAUCAGUUGAACAAGAUUAGCGACCAAAUCAACGAGCAGCACGAUCCGAUCUCUUUGAUGACCGCCUUUCUCGACAACUCACUGACUUUCUGUGACGAACAUAUCAUGUUCUGGUGCCUCGGAGUAAGUGAUUCGCUGCUACCGCGGUCUCCUGUGCUAAGCGCUGAUUUGAAGAAACCUCACUUGUUUCCUAGGUUACCUUUAUCAGGACCCGCAACGCGAAGCAUCGUGACGCCAAGGACAAGGCUUGCAGAGCGUACGAAGAAUUUCUCAGCGGCGUUGCAGACGAAAUUGCGGCAAAAUAUCUCGACGACGGCGUGGGCGGAACGUUUGAUUGGCGAGCGUACGUCGCUUGGUGAACCGGAUCGGAAUAAUCUGCCGACGCAAAUUACGUUUUAUCACCUGCAGCUACAUCUGGAACACUUACGUCGAGCCCCUUCGCAAGGAAUCCUUGAGCCGUACCCCGGCUUUGAGGAGCACCAUCACUUGGCACCAGCCAACGGGGCGUGCCUUUUUGAGCCCCGCGGACCAGGACACCGACUCCAGAUUGCUGGGCAAGAUUGACAAAACCAAUGCAGAUUUUUGUCAGGUUGUUGCGGUGAGCACCUAG